UUAUCUAUUCCAUGCAGUGAUUGUCGGGUGGGAGACUUUUUUUUAGGUGUUUGUUUGCACUGGACAAACAAAAGUCACUUCCGCGCACCGCACAGUAUUUGCUUUUGUUUCAUCUGCUGUGUUAUCUGUGGACCUCCAGGACUUUGUGGUUGUGUGGAGGUACAGAAGGCCACGGCGCGUGCACGUAGCCUGUUUGACAGAUGGGAGGAGCUGCUGCAGGAAGGGACCCAGGUGAGUCGUGACGAGCUGGACUGGAGUACCAACGAGCUGCGCAACUGUCUGCGGGCCAUCGACUGGGACCUGGAGGACCUGAGCGAGACCAUCAGUAUCGUGGAGUCAAACCCGGGAAAGUUCCGCCUGGGAAACGAUGAGCUUCAGGAAAGGAAGGACUUUGUGGAGAAAACCAGGAAGUCCGUGCAGGAGAUGAAGGAUCAGUUGUCAAGUCCAUCAGCUGUGGCUCAGGCGGAGAAAAAAAACAAGCAGCCGCUGCUAGCAUCGUCUGUGUCAGACCGCUCAAUGCAACUGGAUGCCCACCUGGUGUCCAGCAAUUCCAGAUACAUUCAAGAGCAGCAGGAACAACAGCAGCUGAUCAUGCAGGAGCAGGAUGACCAUCUAGAGCUUGUGUCCGGAAGCAUCCGAGUGCUGAAAGACAUGUCGGGUCGUAUCGGAGACGAACUGGACGAGCAGGCCGUCAUCUUGGGGGACUUUGCAGACGAGAUGGACCAGACGUCGACCCGUAUGGACUCUGUGCUCAAGAAGUUGGAGAAGGUCUCGCACAUGACCAGCAGUCGGCGUCAGUGGUGCGCCAUUGCUGUGCUGGUUGCCAUUUUGAUCGCCGUGCUCAUCCUCUUCUUUGCCCUCUGACCACUCAACUCUCCUCACGAUGACAUGGACUCCCAGUGGACUGGCCAUUUUUUACCCCUGGACUUGAAGAAGGAAAAACUUCGCCGGCUCAUGAUGUCUGGCAGUCAGCAGAGGGCGCUGUGGUGAGCGAGUGCCACACGCUAUCACAGGAAGUUCAAGUUUGAGACUAAAGUUGUCACUUUUGUGGGGAAAAGAGAUGUAUUAUCAUGGAUAAAAAUAGAAUUUUACAGGUAAUAGUUGUAAAAAUGCCAGAAAAGAAAAAGAACAAGGUGGACUAUAAAAGAUAGUUUUAAGAGGAUAAAGUCUGAACUUUUCACAAACAAGUCAUAAUAUUAUGAGAAUAAAAAAUUCAAGUCUUAAUUUGGCAAGAAGUCAAACGACUAUGAGGUCAAAUUCUUCAAGGAACAAGUCAUUUUUUUUUUAAGAAUAGAAAUCUAAAUUUCAAAACAAGUUGCACAAAUGGAAGACAAAAAUUUUGCAAGAAAAGGUUGGGAUAUAACAGCAAAAAAAAAUUAUAGAGACUUGUUCUCAUUUUGCUGGAGAAUAAAAAUCAAGAUUGAAGGGGGUGAAAAAUAUUUUGGUGCUUUUGGUUAAGAUGGUCAUAAUUUUGUGGAAAAAAUGUGUUUGAUAUUACGCCUAAAAUCUGAUUUUCAAAAAAACAGUUGGAUUUGUUUCAUCGAAAAAAGGAUAUUAUGACGAAAAAUAAACUGCACAUAAAGGGGAACAAAAAAAUUGGAGAAAAACGUUCUACUAUUACUAUUACUAUCUUUUCAAGAAUGUUAGAAUAUCACCAUGAAAAGUGUUUCAAGAAUAUGUUCAAAUAUGAGAAUAAAGAUGUAAUGUUACAAGAAUAGUCAUAAUAUGAAAAAAAAAAAAGUUUCCACAAGUCAAUCGCAAAAAAUUUCAACCCGAGAAGACAAAAUUUACAUCUAGGUCAAAAUAUUACCAAAAAGAUUUUGAGGUUAUUUUUUGUUUCCUCUUGUAAUAGUUUCAGGAAAAUAGUAGAUUUUAUGAAAAUGGGGGGGAGACAGCACGUUGCCUUCGAGUUACGGCAUCUCAUUUAAAGUCAGUAUCAAAAAUGUUUUUGAACUUGUUAAACUUAUUAAGAAAUGUUACAGUACACAAGAGGAGUGUUAAAGCAUACAUGGGAGAUAUUUUUUAUUUUCCGUCCUAGAUGCCUUAAAUCUAUUUUUCUACGUUUUGUUAAGCUCCCCGCCAGCUGCAGUCUGCAAGUGACGUCAUAAUAGUGGGCGUAUGCUCGUGGCUCUUGUGCUUGUUGCCGGGCAGAAUGUGAAAAUUGGAAGCUUUGAGCUUCCCCUGCUGGAGGCCGGCAGUACUGCCAUUUCUUUCAGCAGGAAUACGUAAUAAUACAGUAAUUACAUUUUUUGAUAUUGUAACAAAACAUUUCAGUCUUUUUUGUUGAAGGUUGGCAGUCAAGGUUGAUAUGCAUCAAACAGCAAAAUGUAUUUUAUCUUUUGCGUUACUAUAGUUUGUCAUGCUGCUUUGACCUUUUUGAAUGUUUGAAAUGUUUAAAAAUCAAAAAAUGUAAACAUUGUCACCA